AUGUGUUGCGGCAGCAGCAGAGCAAUCCGCCAGCGAGGCUAUCCCAAUUAUAAUAAUCUCUUUCUUUCUUUUUUACAUUUAGACCAACAUGGGAUCAACUUCCAUCGACAUAUAAAGACAGAGAACAUCAACGACUCACACCAUCUAGGCUCACUGAAGACAUGUCACCUGACACAGGGCUCUCCGAUGCCUGGAGGUCAACUGCCUGGGGAGCUCACAUCUCUCCACACAAUGCAGGGGCUGGUUCUGAUGCCGCCUUCCCACCUGCCAUCUCCCUCCUCCUUCCUGCUCUCCCAGGGUCCCACCAACCACCAAGCUGUUCUGCAGCCGAACCUGCUGUCACUUCCCAGCCAUAAUCAAAGUGGUCUUCUUCAGCACCAACCUGGACUAGCUCUUACUCCACAGGCCAUGACUCGCUCUGGUCUGGCAGGACCGUCCAUGGAGCACCACAUGGACAUGUCUCACCUGCAGAUGCCUAAACACUUGUCAGUACCACUGCAGGAGGAACCCAGUGAUCUGGAGGAACUGGAACAGUUUGCGAAAGCAUUCAAGCAAAGACGCAUCAAACUGGGCUUCACUCAGGGAGAUGUGGGCCUUGCUAUGGGGAAACUGUACGGCAACGAUUUCAGCCAAACCACAAUCUCUCGCUUCGAGGCUCUAAACCUGAGUUUCAAGAACAUGUGCAAGCUCAAACCGCUGCUCGAGAAAUGGCUGAGUGACGCAGAGAACUCCCCCUCUGACUCGAUGAGUAGCCCCACCUCUCUGCCCCCCUUGAUGGAGGGCUACGGCCGCAAACGGAAAAAGAGGACAAGCAUUGAAACGAACAUCAAGCUGACUCUGGAGAAACGUUUCCUUGAUACCUCGGCAUCCAGAUCCUACAGCCCUCUGACUUCAGGUGGUGUUUCAUCAAAUUCGUCUCCAAACAGUUUAAGUCGUGAAGCUUCUCCCAACGGCCUGUCCACAGUCUCAGGAUCUUUAUCGUCUCAGGUGAACCCGGCUUCCUACAGCACACCAGGCUCCUGGUACCGCUCCUGGAAUCAUGCUGCGUAUCAUCACUGAAAAACACGAACUGAAUCACAUGAAGCUUUUCAAGAUUUGUAUUUGUUUCGUUUUGUUUUGUCAAGAGAGAGGGGGCUGAAGAUUUGACGGAGUAGCACAGUAUCCCCGUUCUGAACAGGGUUACAGCUACAGGCUCAAACUUUGGAUGGACACGUAAGACAAGAGAAGUGCAGCAACAACACCACACUUAAGCUUGUUCUGAAAGCCUCCAGCUGUUUGAUGUGUGUUCAUGUGACUCUGUGUUCUGCUCAGAGCAGCCACAAAGAUGAAGAAAACACAGAAAAGCACAGAAUGCGAAUGUCGGUGGGAAUUAUCUCUUUCAGGUCUAAAGGUUUAUGGCUUAAAUUUGCAACUGUCAAUUAAUCUGUUUGAAUGUUGAAGGAUUCAAGUCCAGAGUUCAGGGCAUGUAUGAAAGCAGCCUCUGUGCCAAUAUGCUCCUUAGGUUCCUACAAUGAUUGCUCUUGUUAAUGUUAUAUUGUGUUUUUAUGUUUGUGUUGUAGUGGUGUGUUAGCGAAUAUGAUGCAAUCCUUUACUGCGUACUGCCGUCCUCUGUUAAAAAAAAUAUAAAUAUGCAAUAAUAUCAAAACAAAAGGAUUAAACAGAUUUUUCAUCUGUUUAUAAUAUAUGUAAAAAGAUAUUUGAUUGAUGUAAUACUUAUUGAUGGUGUAUUACUUCAAUGUUAUAAUGUGUAUUUGUUUUUUUUGAUCUGGACAAUUGAAUUCUAAAACCAAUUACUCUAAUUUAUUAAAACUUUGUCUUUUAGCCUCAGGUUCCAGCAGAUGUAAUAACACUGUACUUACCAAAGUAAUUGUUCCAAUCAGAGAAAAUGGUGGCAUUGCAUAACAGUGGGGGCAAGAAACGUGAUCAGAUAAGAAAACUGUGUGUGCACAGUAUGUUACAGCUGAACCAGGAAGUCAGUCUCUACAUUGAAUCUAGAUGUUUACAACUGUCGCAAUUUUAUUUAUUUAUUUUAUCGUUAUUUUUUUUUUCUGCCAAAUACAUUUGUCUAACCUGAAGAUUUUGUUUACAACUUGUCUGAUUGUGUCUCUUGUUCCCACAAGAUAAUAACUUGUGCACAAGAUUUUAAAAAAGACUUCGGGGGCUCCGUACUCCGUAGAUUUCACUCAGGUCCCUCAUCAGUGUGAGUCUGCAUCUUAGCGUAGAAAACAUCAGCUUUGCUCUUCGUUACCUGCAAGUCUCCAGGUUAAAGGCUUCUAAUGUUACAUAUUUUCACUAUUGUCAAGAAAUCUCAUGAAAAACUGUUAUUUCCUAUAACAGUCGAUCACUGUUGCUCAAAGCAGACAACUCUGAAACAGGAGCAAACCUUUGUUGGGGACUUUUCAGCUGUGGAUGAGAAUUUUAGUGAGUAUUUCUGGCUGUAUGUUGGAUGUGGGACUGGCUAGAAAAUAAAGGUCUAAGGCCAUUUUUAUAGUAAUGAACAGAGGUAUCUGGCUUCUUCUACACAGACGAUACUUGCAAGUAGUAUCAGUUCAUUUUAUUGGGUUUGUUGUUUUCAUGUGAUUUAUUGACUAUAAGAAAACCAUUGACUACGAUCACAGACGUCUCCUGUUGACCUCUGCUGGUCCAACCCAGAGCUUCUGUUGGAGGCUUCUCUUUCGAUCUGUUUAACACAGAAACUCAUACAACUGUUUGUCAGACAGUACGUUCAGGUUUGACAGCUCUUUUUUGUUUAAUUGUUUAUUUACGUUUGUUAAAUAAUGUUUUGUUCUGUGUGUCUAUUGUAUAUUUCAUUUUAUUUUAGAGAAACGUUUUGCAGUGAUAUGAAACGCUGAGCUGAGAGACUUGUGAAAUGUAUUAAUCCAAUAAAACCACUAUAAUUCUAAUGUUA